UGUUGCAGACCCCCGUUUCCGAGCUCUGUCAUGGCGGCGCCCAUUGCUUAAGCCGGUGUAAAGGAAAGGGAUGCUUGGUUUUUUAUCUGCGCGACAAAUAGGUUUGGAGGACCCUCUUCACCUCCGGCGAGCGGAGUCCACACGGAGAGUUUUGGGACUGGAAUUAAACAAAGACAGAGAUGUUGAGCGGAUCCAUGACAGUGGAGUUAAUAGCCUUGACAUUGAGCCCAUUGAGGGGAGAUAUAUGUUAUCAGGUGGUUCAGAUGGUGUGAUUGUACUUUAUGACCUUGAAAACGCCAGCAAACAGCCUUAUUACACAUGUAAAGCAGUAUGUUCCGUUGGCAGAAGUAAUCCUGAUGUUCACAAAUAUAGUGUGGAAACUGUACAGUGGUAUCCUCAUGACACUGGCAUGUUCACAUCAAGCUCGUUUGAUAAAACUCUGAAAAUAUGGGAUACAAAUACAUUACAGACUGCAGAUGUAUUUAAUUUUGAGGAAACAGUAUAUAGUCAUCAUAUGUCUCCAGUUGCCACCAAGCACUGUUUAAUAGCAGUUGGUACUAGAGGACCCAAAGUACAACUUUGUGACUUGAAGUCUGGAUCCUGUUCUCACAUUCUACAGGGUCACAGACAAGAAAUAUUGGCAGUUUCCUGGUCUCCACGCCAUGAGUAUAUCUUAGCAACUGCAAGUGCGGACAGUCGAGUAAAAUUAUGGGAUGUAAGAAGAGCGUCAGGAUGUCUGAUUACUCUUGAUCAACAUAAUGGGAAAAAGUCACAAGCUGUUGAAUCAGCAAACACAGCCCACAAUGGAAAAGUCAAUGGCUUAUGUUAUACAAGUGAUGGGCUUCAUCUCCUCACGGUUGGUACGGAUAACCGAAUGAGGCUCUGGAAUAGUGCCAGUGGAGAAAACACACUGGUGAACUAUGGAAAAGUUUGUAACAAUAGUAAAAAAGGAUUGAAAUUCACCGUCUCCUGUGGCUGCAGUUCAGAAUUUGUUUUUGUACCAUAUGGUAGCACUAUUGCUGUUUAUACAGUUUACUCAGGAGAACAGAUAACUAUGCUUAAGGGACAUUAUAAAACUGUUGACUGCUGUGUAUUUCAGUCUAAUUUCCAGGAGCUUUAUAGCGGUAGCAGAGACUGCAAUAUACUUGCAUGGGUACCGGCCUUACAUGAGACAGUUCCAGAUGAUGAGGAGACUACAACCAAGUCACAAUUAAAUCCAGCAUUUGAAGACGCCUGGAGUAGCAGUGAUGAAGAAGGAUAAAUAUUGACCCUCCAUUCUUUGUGUCUCUAUUGGUGAAACUUUUCAAAUAGAGUCUAUUCUUUUAACUGUCCCAUCUAUUUCUGACAGCUAAAUUAGUCUCAAAUUUGAUUAAUUUAUUCUUAUAUUUUAAAA